GCUGAAGAGCACGAGACCAGAGAUGGCAGAGAGCGGAGCUCAGCUGUUUGCCCGUCUGGAGGCUCGUCGCUGUCUGAAGGACGUUGAACCUCGACUGUUUCCUGCAGAUGGAGGACCUGACCAUGGUGAGGUGGUGGAGCUGUACGGAACAGAGGGGACAGGUAAGACGGAGCUGCUCUACCACCUGCUGUGCCGCUGUGUGCUGCCAGCGGCGUCCGGCGGCCUGGAGGUGGACGUUGUGUUCGUGGACACCGACUACAGCCUGGACAUGCUACGACUGGUCAGCAUCCUGGACAGCAGACUGAACGCAGCUCGUUCCACCGGCUCGCCCUCAGCCGGGUCAGACGAGGCGGUGUUGCGUUCGUGUCUGUCUCGCCUCCUGGUCGUCCACUGCUCCUCCUCCUCCCAGCUCCUCCUCACCCUGCACUUCCUGGAGACCUCCUUGUCGUCGAGGCCCGGCCUGGCGCUCCUCCUCAUCGACAGCAUCUCCGCUUUCUAUUGGCAGGACCGCUGCGAGGGCGGGCCCAGCGUCGCCAAGCAGGAAGAGAAGCUCAGCAAGUGUGCAGAGCUGCUGGGUCGACUGCUCAGGGAUUACAGAAUCACUGUCUUCGCCACCUGCCACGCCAUCAGGAGAAACUACAGUGGACCCUCCUCCUCCUCCUUCCCCUCCUCCUCCUCCUCCUCCUGCUCCUCCUCCUCCUCCUCUGACUCCGACAGGCCGUACCUGUGCCGCUCCUGGCAGCGGCUGGUGACCCAUCGGCUGCUGUGCUCCAGGCAGGAGGUCGCCCCAGGAGAAGGUGGCAAGGAGCAGAGGAGACGACAGGUCUUCACUGUCCACUGCACCUCCUCCUCCUCCUCCACCUCCUCCUCCUCCAAGACGAAGGCCUACAGGAGCAGCUCCUUCUGCGUGACGGACGGAGGAGUGGAGUUUAUCUGAAGGGUCACUGACCGGACAUGUUUUGUUUGUUCUUUAUAUAUUUGGGUUCAGUAAAAGAGGCCUUGUUGUCGUAGGAUAUUUGGCACAAAUAAUCAAUCAGAUCUGGGAUCCAUGACGAUCCAUUUACUGAUCUCAGAGAUCACAAGAAGACCAAAAGAAAGGCGGUUGGAGGUGGUUCUCGUGGCCACUGAGUCGGUUCCAGGAGUACUUGAACAAUGAGUUCCUUCCGGUGGUUCCUGCGGUGGUCUCAGGUGGGUUCCUGAGGUUCUGUAGGUAGUUUAUUCACUGAGGAGGUACAACCCGACUCCAACAAACGCUAGAACGUUGUCUGAAUCGUGAAUAAAACAACAAUUCUUUUUGACACAUGUUCAUAAAGGAAACUGAACAAAGACAACAUAUUAAAUGUGCAAACUUUGCUUUCUGAUUUUAUUUUGGCUUUACACAGUGUCCAAACCUUUUGUGGGAUUAGUUGAACAUUAUUCAGAGUUUCUGUUGAGUUUUACAGUCAUCUGUUCAUUAUUUAGAGAGUCUGACGAUCAAAUGUCACAAAACAAUACUUGAGUAUUUUUACUGCAGUCAAACUGAACGCCGGACAUCUGGAACUUGAGUAUUUAUACAUUGUCACAUUAUUACCUUUACUUCUUCCCCCAGUGGAGGACGGAGUACUCUGUUCUUUUAUUGAAGUAAAUACCAAGAGAAAUACCACAGGAGGAAAAUACUCUAAAUGUAUUAUUUACCUUUAAGUUCAAAGUACAAAAAACUGUGUAUUUAUUGCUUUGUUUCUAUAAGAAAUGUAUUUCUGUAUAAGGCUGUAUUUGUUUAUUUAUUGUACAGAACUGAUGUUGUUUUUCAAAUAAAAAAAUAUAAUAUUAA